UGUUUGUCUGUAACACGAAGAAAAUACACACGUGAAGAAAAUCCGUGUGAGUCGAAGAGUUUUCGCAUGUGUAUGUGUGUAUAUGUGCGCGCAUACGAACGAGCAAUGCGAGGGAGUUCUCGAAGUCGGUCUUUAGUCGGUCUUUAGUUUCGAGUAAGCAUUCGUUCAAGAGAGGAUUCACCGUCCCCUCGUACGCGUUCACGCACCCUCAUUCUCACUCUCACUCUCAUUUUCAUUCUCUCUCACUCUUUCUCUCUCCCUCUCUACCCUUCUCUUUUUCUUUUUCUUUUUCUCCUUCUUAUUCGUCUUCUUCCGGCUUAAUCGUCCACCACCCAGCCGGCGAUUCGUAUGUUCUUUUAUCCUUGUCCACGAGCAUCCUCGGACUUCCGUUCGCCAGUGAGCUACAUUUCACGUAGUGUUUACAUCAAGAAUAAUCAAGUAUUAUCUUGAAAUCAAAUUUCAUCCCCCGACCAUCUAACUCGAUCGAAUAAUAAUAGUGUCGGUUUUGUGUUGAUCACCUAAGAUAAAUAAAUCAGUGCGUCAUUACAGUGAACUAUGACAAAUCUCGAUCGAGCUCAUGGAUAUAAAGAGAAACGAUAGUUCUCUCAGAAAUAACGAGAAAAGUGUUGGAUAAAUCGACAAACGACGGCGAUGCCUUUCGCGAAAGCUAUGACGACGUUAACGCAUCGAUGGUAAUUGCCGGCGGGGAAGUGCAAAGUGCAACGAACGAGAGCAGAAAAGUUUUUUUUUCUUUUUUUAUAUCUUCCUUUCUUUCUUUCUUUCUUUCUUUCUUUUUUUUUUCUUGUAAUUCUUUUCGCGAAAGAAAGAAAGUCGAUCUCGCUUCCUCGUUCAUCUUCUUCCAUCGCUCAUGUUCGAUAUGGAUCGACGAAGAACUCCAAGAAGGAGAGGUGUCUCUCCUUCCAUCAAUUCUUCGCAAACAGAACCAUCAGUCGUACCAUCGUCGACGAGUCAGCAAUUGGAAACGAUAACUGAGUUCCCGGCAACCGAUGGUGCUACCGUAAUCAGUGGAUGCAAAGAUCGGCCUACCAUCUGUGGAAAGGAGGCUGCUUGUCGUAGCUUCCGUGACAACACCUCGCAAUGCGUUUGUCCUCAUGAUUCCUCCCCACCUACAUCAGACCUCAAAUGUCCGAAUCGUUUAACAGUCCCUUUGACUCCACGACCCAUACACAAUAUAAUACCACCAAGUGGUAAUGGCACGAACAGUACCACUGCUCUACCAGAAGCAGAACAGUAUUACGAUGUUAUUAUGCAGGUUGAACGUUCGAGACAUAAAGUACCUGAAAUAGUUGGAAUUGCGAUAGCUUUCAUCGCGGUGCUAGUUAUCCUCAUGAGUAUAGUUUAUUGUGUGAGGAGACGAAGUUAUGGUGUAAAGUCGCAGAGGAAUUCGUUGGAUGUAAGCAAGAUGAUAUUGAAUAUUUUCAAUAUUAUCAAGACAUCUUGCAUCUUUUUACUUUCCUCUACUUUCCAGGCGUCUCCGAUGAAUCUGAAAAAAGGAUUAUUGUUAGCAAACAAAUACACGCCUAAUCCUCAAUACUUUAGUUGUACCUCACCGGAGGUAUUAAUUUUACAACGUGAAAAUCUUGUAUUUCUACAUGAUAUCGGCGAAGGUUGCUUUGGUAAAGUUUAUAAAGGAGAAUUACAAAAUGGAGAUUUAAAUGAGAUCGUCGCGAUAAAGGUUUUAAAAGAUACUGUCUCUAGAGAAGCCGAAGAAGAUUUUAUGCGAGAGGUAGAUAUCAUGUCAACCUUCGAACAUAGAAAUAUUUUAACUUUGAAAGGUGUGGUUCUUCGUGAUGCUGGAAACAGUCCUUGGAUGGUCUUCGAGUAUAUGCCAUACGGUGAUCUUGCUGAAGUUUUGAGAUCUAACUCAAGACAGCUACAUUCACCUAAUCCUGGAUUAGAACCAUUGACGAAGGAUUCUUUACAUUGGAUAUCCGUUCAAAUAGCUGCUGGUAUGACGUAUCUAUCGGCUCAAAGAUUCGUUCAUCGUGAUUUAGCUUGUCGUAAUUGUCUCGUUGGAUCUGGACUCGUUGUUAAAAUUGCAGACUUUGGAAUGUCAAGGGACAUCUAUACUUGCGAUUAUUAUAAAAUCGGUGGCUCGAGAUUAUUACCAGUCCGAUGGAUGUCGCCAGAAAGUGUGAUGUACGGUCGAUUUACUUUAGAAAGUGACGUUUGGAGUUUCGGAGUUGUCCUUUGGGAGGUCUACUCCCUUGGCAAGCAACCUUAUUACGGACAUAAUAACGACGAGGUGGUCAAGUUGAUCCUACAUGGAAUUAUGUUGAUCCCUCCUGACGAAUGCCCACCGUUCAUUUGUCAAAUAAUGCGUGAGUGUUGGAAGACAGAACCAAGAGAUCGUAUAAAAUUCUCUGACAUACUAGAGAAAUUAGAGAAAGUCCAAGGAAAAUUAAAUCAACAGGGAACUUUACCAAGACCACCUCAAGGACCUGUUACCAUUCGUACUCCUGAUGUUCUAGAUCCUGAUGGUUACUUAUUGCCUGCACCAACAACGCCUCGCGAAUAUUUGCAGACAUUACCGGCCUUGUGCGAUUAACGAUAUCUCUAUUGAUAUUUCUACACGAACGAUCGUUGAUGUUUUGUAAAUUUGUGUUUUUUUUUUUUUUUUUUUUUCUUUUUUUUUUUUAAUGCGAUACUUAUAUAUGAUGAUCGAGAUUAAAACGAUCCUACGUGCUGUGAGCAAUGAUCGAUACGAAUGAAAUGCACGUUAAUGAUAUCAGGGAAUUAACGAAGGUUCGGACCAUCGAUCCUUCAAUGUCCACGCAAUAGUAUUAUUCCUAUUCUUAGGAUAAGUUCAUGGAACGAAAGUUGUUAUACGUAUACAACUAAUGUAUCAUAUUUCGAGAUAAUUUAUUAAAUACUUGACGCAAAGUCGAUUGACUGCACGAGAGCACAGUAAAUAAUAAUUUGCUCCAGUUUGUAUACUUGAUUUCUUUUGUAAAAUAAUAAUAUAUGAACGUAAGAAUAUA